CAAAUCAGCUGUUUUGUGUUGCGUUGUGAUUUACGAAUACAGAUUUAUAGAUUUCUUUGUGAUAAAAGUUUUAUUUAUACAUUCUCAAGAUGUUGUCAUCAAUGGUGAAAGAACAUCAGCAGAAGCAAGCAGAGAGGAAGGAACAACAAGAAGUAAAAAGGAAAGAAGCAAUUGUUGCAGCUAAUGACCUGACACAUGCCUUGGUGGAUCAUCUUAACGUUGGAGUAGCCCAGGCCUACCUGAACCAAAAGCGUCUAGACGCAGAGGCAAAGCAGCUCCACCAGAAUACAGCCGCGUUCGCUAAGCAGACACAGCAGUGGUUGACGCUGGUUGAAGGGCUCAGCUCGGCUCUCAAAGAAGUCGGGGACGUGGAGAAUUGGGCUAAGAGCAUAGAAGAUGAUAUGAGAGUGGUCACUAGUGCUCUAGAGUAUGCCUACAAAGUCACGCAGGAAUCGUAGACUCAUCAAAAACAGUCACAAAUCAAUUAAAAGAACUAUCAUAAACUAGUGUUUUAAGCCCGGUCCAGACGCUCAAGUUCACCAUCAGUCGUUUGGUUCAAGCAAAAGACGGAUGUAAAAUUGCGUCCACACGCAUCCGUCAUAUGUCGUCCGUUUUCCUAUUUUUGUGCUCACAAUCUGAGUUCGUCAUCAACUAUGGAAGAGCUAGUACUCUUGGCCACUUUUGUUUUGUGUGUAAAAAAUAGGAAGAAAGGUAGAGUUCAUCGUUCACGUUGGAGUAGGAACUGGUUGUUAAAAAGACACACAUUUUCUCACGUUGCAUUGCUUCAAGAAUUGCAAGAUGAAUCUGAAAGUAUGUUUAUAAUUUUGUUUAUAUGUUCCUCAUUUACGGUGAAACGCGGCAAUAGAUUUUCAUGAAAUUUGACAGGUAUGUUAUGUUCCUUUCUAAAUUGCGCGUCGACUUAUAUACAAGGUUUUUUGAAAUUUUUGCAUUUUAAGGAUAAUACAAAAGGAAAAGAAGUCUCUUUCGAACGCCAAUAUUACCGUAAGAAUCAGACUAUAGACAUCAUAAAUCAGCUGGCUAGUGGAUUAUUACUUGCAUGCAAUUAAUAUCCCAUUGUAAUUUGGUAAAAAU